UCCCCUCCACCUCUCUCGCUCUCCUAGGAUAUUUGAUGGCGGAAACCAUUUGUAGGACGUUGAGGGACGAAUCUCUGGAGGGAGAGCGGGCCCUAGCUCUCACCAUCAAGGACUCCCUCCAAAGCCCUCUCAGGUCCCACAUCUUCGAUCGUUUCCUUUCUACCCUCAUCUCCGCUGGGAAAUCUCAAGCCAUGAAAGCCUUUUUAAAAUUCGCUCGAGAUUUUAACUGAGUUAUGAUGAAUUACCCCACACAGCGGUCUGGUUCUCAUUGCAUUUAAUCGGAGCCCGUAUUUCUACUUCAAUUUGUUCAUGACAAAUUGAUCUUGGAUUGCUGAAGGACCGGCUUCUACACUAAACGAGUGCAGAGAAGUCCAUUCUGUUUUCAACAAUGCGAGGGAUGUCAAUAAGUUUAGUUAUUGUCUUCGAUUCUUGAUCUUGGAAAAGUUCUCACGCCAUGCUUGUGCGGUCUCAGGGUUUAUUGGAGAAAGCAAGCCGUGAAGCUCGAAUAUUGCAAGGGCAUGCUGGGAAAAUGCAUCAAUAUGCUAUAAAACAGCGGAACCUAAAGUCUCAUGGACCAGGUGUAAUUGGACCGCGUCAAAUACCACGGUAGGUAACACGACACGCUACGCUAUCCACCGUGCAUAUGCUUCGCUAUUUGCCCUGGUUCACUUGCACCUGGUGCGUGCAUAGGAGUCUGCCCUGGUCACCGCUCGCUCUUUGUUUUAGCAAAAAAAAAAAAAAAAAACAACAGCUGAUCCCGCCAUUCCGAUCGAGAAACUAGGGUUUAGUCCGCUCCUUCCCUCUCUCUCGCUCGCUAGGAUUUGCGAUGGCGGAAACCAUCUGCAGGACCCUGAGAGACGGAUCUCUCGAGGGAGAGCAGUCCCCAGCUCUCACCAUCAAGGACUCCCUCCAAAGCCCUCUCGGUUCCCACGUCUUCGAUCAUUUCCUUUCUACCCUCGUUUCCCACAUCUCCGCCGGGAAAUCUCAAGCCAGCGGUCUGGUUCUCGUCGCGUUUGAUCGGAGCCCGUCUUUCUACCUCGAUUUGUUCAAGACAAAAGGAUUAGAUGCCUCUUUGGUCGAUAAAUCGGUGCGGAUCUUGGAUUGCUAUUCGGAUCCACUUGGGUGGAAGGACCGGCUUCUUCACUCAACGAAUGCAGAGGAGUCCAUUUUGAAGGGCUCUGGUACUGUUUUCAAGAAUGUGAGGGAUGUCAAUAAGUUAUUGUCUUCGAUUCUUGAUCUUGGAAAAGGGUUUACUGGAGAAGGCAAGGUUCGGUUUGCUGUUGCCAUUGACUUGGUUAGUAUUAUGCUGAGGCAUGUUUCAUUACCAUCUGUUGCAGGCUUCCUUAAUAACCUUCGCAGCAAUGAUCAAAUUUCAUGUAUCUUUUGGUUGAUACACUCAGACCUUCAUGAACCCAGGGCCUCUGCAGCUCUUGAAUAUAUUUCCACUAUGGUUGCGAGUUUAGAACCAAUGAUGCAAUCUAGUGAUGGGCAAGGAACUUCAGGAAGCUUGCUUUGGCUUGAAGAAAAUUCUUGUAAAGCAAAGUUUCAUGUGCGCCUGAAGCGUUGUAAUGGACGGGUUAAACUGCUUUAUGAAGAAUUGCAUACGGAACAAGCUGGGAUUAGAUUUGAAGCAGCAUCUUCUGUAAGGACAAUAGUCAAUCAAAACCUUUUGCCAAGGGUUCAAUUCAAUCUCCAGCUAUCAGAUAAGGAACGAGUUGACAGGGCAAGGGUUGUCCUUCCUUUUGAACAUCAAGGAAAUGGUGAGGCUAUACAGAUAUAUGAUGGGCGGCGGUCCCUUUCUGAGGGCCAGAAAGAUCCCUAUUUGAUGCAGCCUUCUGCAUUUUCACAUAAAAUGAACACUCAGACCAAUAAUGAGAAGGGUGAAAUACAUUAUAUUCGUGACUCAGAUGAUGAGCGACCUGAUUCGGAUGAGGACCCAGAUGAUGAUUUGGAUAUAUGAAAACCUUCCUGUUCGGUGGCUUACUAUGAAAAUUAAAUAGUAAACAACUUAACGUUGCUGUGUGAUGCUGUUCUUCUUAUAUCUACGCAGGGCGUGUGGUGCCAUUCUUAUAUCUAAAAGGGUUCUCAAGGUGUCAUCAACAAGCAACAGGGUGCUAAAGGACUCUUGUUUACCUCUGAUUCUGGAUCCCAGCUUAGUGAAUAUGCAACUUAUGAAGAGGAUGUAAAAAUGAAGUGUACUCUAGCAUAGCUGAGUUUUGUGUGCAGAGCUAGAAGAAUUCUUGACUUUUUAAAGAAAAAAAAAGUGAUAAUAGAGUUAAGUGUUCAGAUCAAGCGAAAUGCUUUUUGCUGAUAUAAAUAUCUUGGUUUUCAUAUCG